AUGAGCAUGCUGCCACAUCGGAUCAGAAAAAGUCACGGAAGCAGUUAGUAUCCCACGUGUUUCCGAAGCUAGCAGUGUAUAACUCUGUGGAUCCAUCUUUGGCGCCAUCUCUUCUCAUGCUUCAUCAACAGUGUGAGGAUAGGAGUGUUCUGCGUUAUGUGUACUACUACUUGGCUAGAAUCUUAUCAGAUAGUGGUGUCCAAGGUUUAGCUCCAGAAGGUGGAAUUCCCACUCCAAAUUGGGAUGUACUUGCUAAGAUUGAUGAUGUUGGGGGUAUCACCAGAGCAGAUGUGGUACCUCGAAUAGUAGAUCGGCUUACUUCAGAGGCUUUAAUGGCUGAUGCCGAAUUUCAUGCACGGAGGCUUGCAGCUCUCAAAGCUCUUACCGCUGCCUCGGCUACCAGUCCUGAAAUUCUGGCCAAAUUGUAUGAAAUUGUGUUUGCCAUUUUGGAGAAGGUUGCAGAUCCAAAAAAGCGUAAGAAAGGCAUUUUAGGCAAGCAAGUCGGUGAUAAAAAGUCAGUUAUUCGGAAUAAUUUGCAAUAUGCCACUAUUAGUGCUUUGAGAAGACUUCCUAUAGAUCACGGAAAUCCUGCAUUUCUCCAUCGAGCUGUACAAGGGCUUUUAUUUGCUGAUCCUCUUGCUGUGCGGCAUGCAUUGGGCAUAAUUUCCGAGUUAGCUAAGAAAGAUCCCUAUUCUGUUGCCAUAGCUUUGGGCAAGCAUGCGGAACCGGGAGGUUCGUUGCAGGAUGUUCUUCAUUUGCGUGAUGUUCUCGCUAGGGUAUCCCUAGCAAGAUUGUGUAAUACAAUAUCUAGAGCACGCUCACUAGAUGAUAUUCCUGAAGUUAAGUCCCAGUUCACUUCUAUUCUCUAUCAACUUCUUCUUGAUCCUUGUGACCGGGUUUGUUUUGAGGCUAUAAUGUGUGUUUUAGGGAAAUCUGAGGGUACAGAAAGGACUGAAGAUCGAGCUGCUGGAUGGAUCCAAUUCACUAGAGAAGUUCUCAAGUUGCCUGAGGCACCAAAACGAAGCAAAUCAAAGUCCGCUAAAUCAAGACGCCCUCAACCUCUUAUAAAACUUGUUAUGAGAAGAUUGGGGAGCUCUUUUCGUAGCUUCUACCGUCCUGUGCUUCAUGCAGCAGCAAGAGUUGUUCAGGAAAUAGGAAAAAGCAGGGCAGCAGCAUACUCUCUAGGAAUAUAUGACAUUGAUGAAGGAACUCAACUUCAUAUGCAUUCUGAAAGUGUUGAUUCAAUUGAUUUGGAUAUCAGUGAAAGGUCACAAUCUGAAGGAAAAGCAACACGUAUGUCAAAUGGGACAGGUGGUGAGACUACAAUUGCAAGUUUAUUAGCUUCGUUGAUGGAAGUAGUUCGAACGACUGUGGCAUGUGAAUGUGUUUAUGUUCGCGGAAUGGUGAUAAAAGCUUUAAUCUGGAUGCUAAAUCCAAAUGACUCGUUUGAUGAGCUCAAAGCUAUAAUUGCAUCUGAGCUGUCUGACCCUGCUUGGCCAUCGGCAGUAUUGAAUGAUAUCUUACUUACCCUGCACGCUCGCUUCAAGGCUACUCCAGCUAUGGCAGUCACCCUACUUGAAGUUGCAAGAAUUUUUGCCACCAAAGUUCCUGGAAAGAUUGAUGCAGAUGUGUUGCAGCUUCUGUGGAAAACAUGCCUUGUUGGAGCUGGAUCUGAUGGAAGGCACACAGCUCUAGAAGCAGUGACUAUAGUCCUUGAUUUACCUCCUCCACAACCUGGAUCAACGUCAGGUCUUACUUCUGUUGACGGGGUUUCUGCGUCCGAUCCAAAGGCUGCUAUGGCAUUACAGAAAUUAGUGCAAGCUGCUGUAUGGUUCCUUGGUGAAAAUGCAAAUUAUGCUGCGUCUGAAUAUGCCUGGGAAUCUGCGACACCGCCUGGCACUGCAUUGAUGCUGUUAGAUGCAGAUAAAAUGGUUGCUGCUGCUAAUUCUCGAAAUCCUACUCUUGCUGGUGCAUUAACACGUCUUCAAAGGUGUGCGUUCAGUGGAAGUUGGGAGGUUCGAAUAGUUGCCGCUCAAGCUCUUAUCAGUCUGGCAAUUCGGUCUGGUGAACCUUAUAGGCUACAGAUAUAUGAACUUUUACAUGUUUUAGCCCAAGGUGGAGUGCAGUCUUCGUUUUCAGAAAUGAACUAUAGUAACGGUGAAGACCAAGGUGCUAGUGGUACUGGUCUUGGUAUUUUGUUAAGUCCUAUGCUGAGGAUCCUCGAUGAUAUGUACAAAGCACAAGAUGAUCUGACACGAGAUAUGCGCACUCAUGAUAACAAUAAGCAUGAGUGGACUGAUGAAGAACUGAAGAAACUCUAUGAGACCCAUGAAAGACUGCUUGAUUUAGUUACUCUUUUCUGCUAUGUUCCAAGAGCAAAAUAUCUUCCUCUGGGACCUACCAGUGCUAAGCUCAUUGAUAUCUAUAGAAAUCGACACAAUAUUAGUGCUUCAUCUGGUCUAAAUGAUCCAGCUGUUGCUACUGGAAUAUCUGAGCUUGUAUAUGAAUCUAAAGAACAUGAAGAGCCUGAAUCCAGUGAUUCCAUUGAUCCUGACUUAGCAAUGGCCUGGGCAGCAGGCUUAGAUGAUGAUGGCUGGGAAAGUAAUGCACCUGCAGUGACUAGAGUGAAUGAGUUUCUUGCAGGUGCUGGUACUGAUGCUCCUGAUGUUGAUGAGGAGAAUGUAACUUCUAGGCUAUCGUCUGGUUAUGAUGACAUGUGGGCUAAAACACUAUUGGAAACAUAUGACGUAGAGGAAGAUGAUGCAGGCUCAUCUGAGGCAUCAUCUCCUGACUCAGAUGGAUCUUCUGAAUCCUCCCAUUUUGGUGGUAUGAACUAUCCCUCAUUGUUCAGCUCACGUCUAACUGGCCAUGAACCUUCACGUCAAUCGGAGAAGAGCUCAGCAUCCACUGCACGGAGGGCCAAGGAAGAACCUUCGUCGUCCUCUGCUUCUGUUCUGCAAAGAUUUGAGUCAUUUGAAAAUCCUUUAGCUGGACCUGAAAGUUUUGGAUCACGUGAUGAUGAAGGCCUGAAUUCUGAAAAUCCGCAAUCUGGGAGAGCACUAUAUGACUUCUCUGCUGGUGGAGAUGAUGAGUUGAACCUGAUUGCCGGAGAGGAGCUUGAGAUUGAAUAUGAGGUUGAUGGUUGGUUCUAUGUUAAUAAAAAACAGCCUGGGAGGGACGGCAAAAAAUCCGGACUGGUUCCUGUUCUUUAUGUUGAUGCAACUUGAUGACGAUAUAUUCUCAUCCCCUCCUACUUAUCGCAUAUUAAGCACAAAACCCAAGAACAUGCUUAUCCAGUUGCAAUUAGCCGUAGAUUCUUCGCAGCAGAAGCGGUUAGCGAACCAUGAACACAACACGGUUCCAUGUUCUUUGUUUACCUGGUUCAAGUGAGUUCCAAUUGGCAAUCCAUAAUCUUGCUUUAGACAUUUGUGGGAGAGCCCCCCAUUCUUUUCUGUAUAAAGGAAAAAAUUUUGUUCUAUGCGUAUACUAGCACAAUAAUUUCUUGCUUUUGAUAAUUAAAUGUUCCCCCAUGUUUGUGAUGCA